AAGAAAAUAAAAAAAAAAAAGGGGGGAAAGGAAGAAAGAAAAUGAAAAUGGCGCCAUUGUUGGUGUAGACAAGGGAGGAGGUAAGAGAGUGAAGGUAAGGAAGAAAGAACAAUUUGGGGGAAGGGUUUGAACGGAGACCAAAAAUCUUCUUCACCUCUUCUUUUUGACCACUGACCAUUCCCCCCAUUUUUUUUAUAUUUUUAUUUUUAUUUUUUUUCCAUCUUCCUCCAUUCUCUAUCUCUCUCUCUCUUCCUUUGAAACCUAAUAAAUCAUAUAUUGAUAUUCUCAAUUUCUCCGUGUCCUCCAUUGAUUUGCUCUGUUCCACCCCUUUAUUUACAUCAGCUCACAUCCUUUGAUUCAUUUCUAUACUUGUUUCUGUGCCAUUUUUUUCCCCUGGGAUUAUAUUAUUGCUUUUAAAAAAAUCCCAUCAUUUUUUUGGUCAGUUGAUUGUUGAAGAAAUCAGGAGAUGAAGACGUCGCUGAAGAAAUUGCGAGGAGCUCUUAAACACCAUCAUCACGACCGGAAACUGCACCAUCCCCGGAUUUCUAAAUCCCGGGCUCAAAUUGACGAGCUCGAUCAGGCUUCCCAGGAUAUGAAAGAUAUAAGAGGUUGUUAUGACAGAUUACUCUCAGCUGCUGCUGCUACAGCUAACAUUGUUUAUGAAUUUUCAGAAUCACUAGGAGACAUGGGGGAUUGUCUGCUCGAAAAAAACUCGUUGACUGAUGAUGAGGAAUGUGGUAAGCAAAUGAUUCUUUCAGUGUUUAUUUUUUGAAAUCACUGCUAGCUUAUGAAAUAUUCCCCCUUUCUUCUGCUGCUAAAAAGGUUCAUAUUUUUAACUUAUUUGCUAGCACAUGGAUUCUUAAUUUAAGUUUUUUGGUCACCUUAAUUAGUGGAAUAUUUUAUAGCAAUUUACAGCUUAGUCAUCUGAAGUUGCAGUAUAGUUCCGAGCAGACUCUUUCAUGGUAUCACUCAAAUCAGCCUCUCUGGAAUGGACAAUAAAAGCACUUCUCUUUUGAAUUCUCAAUUUUUAUUUUGUAACCUUCAGCUUAACUAUGUCAUUCUGAAGCUCUUGGCUUAAAAACAACAAUUAUACUCUAAUUAUGUUAAACAAUGGCCAUCUAUGGUCAGCAUAUUUUACAUCCUUUUUUUUUUUUUUCUAAUUCAAUUUUCACUCAUUCGGCUUCAUAAUGAUUUAGUAGUUGUCAUACUCAGUUUUGACUUUUCUUUCUGAAUGAAGGAGGACAUAAGAAUCAUUCAACAACGGAAAAUUUUAGCACUUAACAAAAUUGAGUUGCAAUUUCAUUGUUAUACUUACACAUGUGUAGCUAAAGAUAUUGAUUAUGGCUCUUUUAUUUUUUGUAUUUUGGUGCCUAGUAUUUCCACAUGCUUUUGCCUCUAUAUCUGUCAAAAUUAUACGCCUUUCUGCUUUUCUGUAGGUAGGGUUCUGCUGAUGCUGGGGAAGGUGCAGUUAGAACUACAGAAACUUGUUGAUAGCUAUGUAAGACGGGAAUUUGUUCAUAGUAUUUUGAACUUUUCUUUUCUGGUACAGUUUUAAUGUUCUUUUCUUUUUUUUCCCCCUUUUCCCUUUUUUUCUUACGUUCCAGCGCGCACAUAUAUUCCAGACCAUCACAAUUCCAUCCGAGUCCAUUCUUAAUGAACUACGCAUAGUUGAGGUGGGUGGUGCCGUUACUGUAACUUUUAAAGUCCCUGCUGACGUGAUGAUUAAUGUUUCUUUUAUGUUGAGAAUAGGUUUUCAAUUAUCUUUUCUCUGCAUAUCCCUCUUAUGAGUGGCUUACACUUCCAGUUGUUGGAUCAGCAUAAUCCCCAUGAUUUUACAGUGAUAAUUAUCUUUGGGUGUAUAAACCAAUAUUUGUGGAUUCUUUGUAUGGUUCUCUACUUUUCUACAUUGACAGUUAAUGACUUCACUUCUUUGCAGGAAAUGAAGAAGCGAUGUGAUGAGAAGAGAGAAAUAUAUGAGGACCUUGUGAAGCGAUCAAAAGAUAAAGGGAGGAUAAAAAGUAGCAAGGGUGAGGGUCUUUCACCUCAUCAGCUGGAAGUUGCUCAAGAUGAGUAUGAUGAAGAGGCAAACACUUUUGUUUUCCGAAUGAAAUCUUUGAAGCAAGGACAAUCCCGCAGUCUGUUAACGCAAGCAGCACGACAUCAUGCUGCUCAGUUAUCUUUCUUGAGGAAGGCACUCAAAUCUCUCGAAUCAAUUGAGCCUCAUGUCAAGCUCGUUGCUGAGGAGCUACAUAUAGAUUACCAAUUUCAUGGGCUUGAAGAUGAUGGGAAUGAUGACUAUGAGGACUAUGAUGAUGAUGAUGGUGAUGCGGAGACUGACUCUGAAUCACAGGAUGACAGUGAAUUGAGUUUUGACAAUGUACAGAGUGAUGAGGGCCAAGAUGUUUCUGCUACAAGAACCUCAAUGGAGCUGGAUAAUCUGGAUGUAACAUUCCCUCAAGUUGCUUCAAGGGCUACAGCUAAGGAAAAGUUAGAUAGAAGUUCAAGCACAAAUUCUCUUACUUUCCGCCAAGAAAUCAAGAUCAGCAGCAAAUCCGGUCCCAUAUAUCCCGAAAAGAAAUUUGAUGCUUCAAUGCGGCAUUCACCAUCACAAAGGUUCAACUCGUAUGUUUUACCUACGCCACAGGAAGCAAAGGUUCCAAUUUCUGGAAAGCUUGAUAGCAUACCCCAAGCGAGACGAGCUAGCCUGAGUAAUAUUCCUCUUAACUUGUGGCACUCGUCCCCUUUGCAGCAGAACAAGUACGAGAAGAUCGUAACUCAUUAUUCUGGUCCUAUACUAAAAGAGAGCAAUGGUAAUACAAAAUCCAGCCGGGUACUCUCUCAUUCAACAGAAGGUCUCUCCCCCCCUCGCCUCGAUUCUCAUAGAUCUGAUAAUAAAAAGGCCAAAACACGGGCAUUCUCUGGUCCACUCACUGGAAAGUCAUGGCCAAACAAGCCUGUAUUAUCUGCUAGUGGUCCAAUAACGGCAAACAGUUACCCUGAUCCAUUCUCUGUGUCACUUCUGCGGAACCCUGUGCCUUCCUUGUCUUCUACUGCUAAAUUAUCUUCACGGGUUUCUCCAAAUUUUGUGUCAUCGCCCAAAAUUAGUGAGCUUCAUGAGCUUCCAAGGCCCCCUGCUCACUUCUCUAGGCCUCCAAAUCGAAUCAUUCAUUCAGGGCCCUUGAUCUCCAAGGGACGAGACUUUCCUGCGGUUAAGAACUCGGUUGUGAUGCGUACUGCAGCAUCCACCCUUCCGGUGCCUCCGGAGGUGAUUCCUCGAAGUUACUCUAUUCCAUCCAGAGGCCAAAUAGAGGCAGCAUUGCAUGGGUCAAAACCAAUGGAGACACCUGAAACUUUAAAGAUCAACGAAGUGAUGCCUUCACCGCCACUGACACCUAUCAGCAUAGCAAAAGUGGAUCCUAUAUCACCUGCUUCCUAGAUCAACCAGCCAGUGAAAAGUCAGGUAAUCAAUGACUUUCCAUUUUUGGUUCUGUACAUUUUGAACAAGAACUAUCAUAUGGAUUGGUCUUUGUUACUGUUGUAAAAGUUGCUUAAUGAGACAAAAGUUACUGAAUUUUUGAAGUAUUGAAUUUGUGUUCAGGUAUUUGAAAACAAUGUAGCUCUUGGCAGGCAUUGAUGACUUUUGCAUGAUAUCUUAGCAUUAGCAUGUCAUCUCCUCCCCACUUUUUCUGGUCAAACAAUCUUGAUUUGCUCCUUUCGAAGUGACAGUAGCUUAUUGAAACAUUAGUGUCAUAUAGUUAGGAAUUGGGGUCAUUGGUGCUUUUUAUUUUAUGAAGGAAAAUCAUCUGAAUCUAUGCUUGAACCAUGUGAUGGAAUUCUAAAUUGCUUGUGUAGUCAAGUGGAAGAGUGCUCUCUUCCUUAAUGGGCAUGACGACAUUAUACUUCUGGUGGUUUCGAACUUUUUCUUCCCCUCCUUGCACUUUGUUCCUAUUCUUUGGCCUUCUCCCGAAGUAACUUGAAUUUGACCAUGUGACUAUAUUACAAUUUAAUUGUGUUUCCUGGGACGAUUUCAGUCCUUUCUGUAUUCACUCUUUAUGUUAUGAUGUUGUUAUCUUGAUCUCAUACUGUGUCUGCAUUUUUCAUGUUAUAUUUUUACCAUCUUUUCAAUUUUAGAAUGGACUCUCAGACACUUUUGUGCUCCCUUUUUUGUUCUUUUUUUGCUUUUCAGGUAAAGAUGUAUAGUUUGUAGUAGAUUCCGAUUUCUGGGGCGUCUGGUUGCACAUUGAGUUGUUCUUCAACUUGAAGAACCAUCAAAAAGUAGAUGGCCAUGAUGCGUUAUGCCAGGUUGCUUGAUCUUCGUGGAAACUGGAAUGUGUAAAUAUUCUUUUCUUGUCUAUUGACCCCCCCCCCCUCCCCCCUUUUUUUUGGUUAGUAUAACCAUUAGGUUGACUCCCAUGACAUGAAAACACUAUCUCGUCUCGUUUUUCUGGGGAAUUUUGUAUCAUGAUGGAUUAAAGUAAAUUUUGUAGCAUUAAUUGUUUCUUUUUCCCAUCUUUUUUGUACCAUUUCAUAUGCUACUGGCUAUAUUAUAGUUCUAGUGUAGAGUUUUCAGCAUUUGUGUUUUGCAUUACACAACUAGUAUACUGAGUCUUUUUAUUUUUAUGAGUAACUAGCUAUAACAAACUGUGCCGCUCCACUAAGUUGGGUGCACCCAGCGAUAGAAUGUAUUUCCUCUGUACAAAAAAGAUAUAGUCCACAUUAAACUUUGUUGUACUGUUUUUAGUGUAAAUUUGAAAUUUCAAAGUGGAUUAUUUUUUUUUUCUUUUUUUGGACAGAGGGAGUGCAAAAGAUUAGCCAGGUUACCCUGGCUAUAUAUCUCCUUUGCAUUUUUAAUGGUGGUUAUUACUCAAUUCUGCUUGUAAGAAGAAUAAGAGAAGAGUUUUAAGGUUUGUAUUAUCUUUGUGAUUUUCGGGCUUUUGAUAUUUGAUACAAAUAUAAAAUUAGUGACCUGAAAACAGAAGAUAAAAGUCGUGUUGGAGCUCUAAGCAACGCUUCUUCAGGCAUUAACCGUCAUUAACGUAUUUCAUUGGUUCUGGUGAGGAAGUAGAGAUUCAGGAGAAACAAAGAGCCCCAGAAAUGCAAGAUCAGUUGGAACAAAUUCCACUAAGUUGGGUGUACCCAGCGAUGGAAUAUAUUUCUGACGGGUGGGAAAUGACAGCAUAAAUCUAUUUUGUUGGGUCCUUAAAUCUAUCACGACAGCAGCAGGAGCAUGAAAAGUUUCAUCACCUGAUCCAAAUCAACGUGGCAAACUUCAUACAGAAGCAAGCUUAAAGUUCUUGGAUUUUUUUUUUUUUUGGGGGGGAAACGCACGGGUAUGCCUCUUGAAUUUCUUUCUCUUGAUCAGAACUGUGGGGAAAGGAGGAAUCGAUCCGUGUUGUUCUAGAGCUAUGGUUCAGGGUAGAAGCGGUGGAGGAAAAGGAGUGUACAGGCUCAAAUUGAUUUGUUCAAUCCGUAUUGAUUCAAUGGCUAAACGAUGAAAGCAUUUCUGGUUCCUUCUUCAACUGUUGCUGGGGUAGAGGGGUUUUAAGUUCUACCCAGGUUGCAGCUCCCAACGACUCUCUCUGGGAACUUGAUUUCCCUGUGGAACCAAGUUUCUAUAGCUGAAUAAGUUUCUCCCUCGAGACUAUGUUUUUCUUUUCCCUUUUUUUUUUUUUUUUUGGAAAAUUUAACUGAUUGCGUUGACAGAUGAGGAGGAAACCUUGAUCAAGACUGGCUCUAGCCAUCCUAUGCGAGUUCUCGCCUAGGUCUCGUUUAACCUUACAAAUAGUACAGUUCGGUAUAUGUGAGACUAAUCUCUGUGUAUCUUCUCCUAGCGUAGUCAGUGGUUGAGGCCUGAGGGAGGUUUUUCCCAGGACGAGGUUAGUUAGGGGUAGUAUUACCAUAGUAGAUAAAAGAGGUUCAUAGGUUGUAAUGUUGUGCUGUGUUAUGAUAGUACGUUUUGCUUUCAAAAGAAGGGGAAAAAGAAAAAACCCCAAAAUAAAGAUAUGCGUAAACGAAGAAACUGCAUUGCAAGGAAAAAAAAAAAAAUCAAAUCAAGUGGAAAACAAAGUGUGUUUCAAUAGUACUAAAAUUGGACAAUACUUGUGCAGCAAAGAAGUUAUUGCGUUAUUAUUAGUUUUAAUUUCAUUUUUUGAGUCAUAUCAACUAAUUAAAGUUAACAGAUCUGAUGUUAGCGAUUUACAUGAUAUGGAUUAAUAGUAUAGGUUCUUUUAACUAAUAUCAGGUACGUUCUUAAAAAAAACUAAAAAAUAGUACUAAAAUUUGUUUAACUAAUAAAGAAGAAAUGAACGUACUGAAAACGUCUGUAAAUCGCAAGCAGUGUGAAGGCGGCAACUAGGCAGAUGAUAAAGUCCUCUGACUCCGGCCAUGAUUUCCACCACAAAAAUGAAGCGAUCCUAACAAGGAAAAGUUCAGUUCAAUUCAAUCCAUGACGAUUUCUUAAAUUAAUGGCCUCGGAACAGAAUCAGCAAGGACGAACCCGAAUUCGAUCAAGGAGUAUAGUUAGAAACUAGAAUCUAUGGGUCAAAGAUAAAUGAGUGGAUUCUUCUCUUUUUUUUCAAGUCCGAGGUACUUCUCAACUAUUUCUAUUCUUCUCUUCUUUUUCUUUUUUUUUCCCUUUUCUUUUGAUGAUGGAUUUCCAAUACAAAC